UCGGCUAACAUAGCCAUGGAUGCCCAGAAAGCAGUAGACACCCCCCCCACAACCGUACUGAUGCUUCCAUGGAUCGGCUAUGGUCAUCUCUCUGCUUAUUUGGAGCUGGCCAAAGCUCUCUCAAGGAGGAACUUCCACGUCUACUUCUGUUCAACCCCUGUUAACCUUGACUCCAUUAAACCAAACCUAAUCCCUCCUCCUCCUUCCAUCCAAUUUGUGGACCUCCAUCUCCCUUCCUCCCCUGAACUUCCUCCCCAUCUUCACACAACCAACGGCCUCCCCUCUCACCUUAAACCCACUCUUCACCAAGCCUUCUCAGCGGCUGCACAACACUUCGAGGCAAUUUUACAAACACUUUCUCCGCAUCUCCUCAUUUAUGACUCUCUCCAGCCUUGGGCUCCUCGAAUUGCUUCCUCCCUCAAUAUUCCGGCCAUUAACUUCAAUACCACCGCAGUUUCCAUCAUUGCCCAUGCCCUUCACUCCGUUCACUACCCGGAUUCUAAAUUCCCAUUCUCUGAUUUUGUUCUCCACGAUUAUUGGAAAGCCAAGUACACCACCGCCGAUGGAGCCACUUCAGAAAAAACCCGCAGAGGUGUAGAAGCCUUUCUGUAUUGCUUGAAUGCUUCUUGCGAUGUAGUUCUUGUGAAUAGCUUCAGAGAGCUGGAGGGGGAAUAUAUGGAUUAUCUGUCCGUUCUCUUGAAGAAGAAAGUUGUGUCGGUUGGUCCUUUGGUGUACGAACCGAGUGAGGGCGAGGAAGAUGAAGAGUAUUGGAGGAUAAAAAAGUGGCUGGAUGAAAAGGAAGCAUUGUCGACCGUUUUGGUGUCAUUUGGAAGCGAAUACUUCCCGCCGAAGGAAGAAAUGGAAGAGAUAGCACAUGGGUUAGAGGAGAGUGAGGCUAACUUCAUAUGGGUGGUCAGGUUUCCGAAAGGAGAAGAGAGUAGUAGUAGGGGGAUUGAAGAGGCAUUGCCAAAGGGGUUUGUGGAGAGAGCGGGAGAGAGGGCGAUGGUGGUGAAAAAAUGGGCGCCUCAGGGGAAGAUAUUGAAACAUGGGAGCAUUGGGGGAUUUGUGAGUCACUGUGGGUGGAAUUCGGUACUGGAGAGCAUAAGGUUUGGGGUACCCGUAAUAGGAGCUCCCAUGCAUCUGGACCAGCCCUAUAACGCCGGACUUCUGGAAGAAGCUGGGAUUGGGGUGGAGGCCAAGCGGGAUGCCGACGGCAAAAUUCAGAGAGACCAAGUGGCCAGCUUGAUCAAACAAGUGGUGGUCGAGAAAACCAGGGAAGACAUUUGGAAGAAAGUAAGGGAAAUGAGGGAGGUUUUGAGGAGAAGAGACGACGACGACAUGAUGAUUGAUGAGAUGGUGGCUGUAAUUUCCGUCGUGCUCAAAAUAUGAGUUUUCUUUGUUUUACUUCAUAAGAUUAUUAUUAUUAUUAUUAUUA